GUCUCUUUGUCCGGUCGGUACUCAGAAGGAAGGAAGAAGUUGGGCCGAGCCCCUGCCCGCUCCCGACCUCCUCCCUCCCUCCCUCCCUCCUCCUUCCCUCCUCCGCCUACCGCCUCCAACUUCUGGCCCCGCUACUUAGGCGCCCGGCAGAACAACCCAGAGCCCAAGAAGACGAAGAAGAAGAAGAGGGGCGAGGACAGAGAGAGCUCGAGAGAGAGAGAGAGAGAGAGACCGCCAGAGCGGAGCGAGGAUCGCCCCAAUUCCAUCACGCACUUGUCCGAUCCGGGCUUAGACAAUUUGCCGAGGUCGUUCAAUUCUGUGCGCUCGCUCGCAAUUGGUUGCGUGCAGGGGCGAGAGAGCGGACCGUGGAUUCUUUCUAGAGCGGCCGACCGGACGAGAGGACGAGACGACCAGGUGAAGGAGGCGGCGUCGGCGAUUUGAGAGAGAGGCGUCCUGAUUUAGCAGACUCGGGCGGACCCGGUUGAUUGAUUGAGGGAGUGAGUGGGUGCUUUGGCGGAGAGCCGGCCGGGAUUGCGAAGAGGAGGGGUGUGGGGCGAGAGUUGGAGAGUGCAGCUCUGCAAUUUGUAGGCGCCGGAGGAGAAUAACUGUCUGAGCCUGUUUCUUUCAAUGCGAGAGUGCGGCCCGUAGAUCGAUAGAUCCGUGUAGGUGAGAGAGGAAUUGGGCGGAAUCGCGGCGGUGAUUGGCGGUCUGGGGCGCGAGAGCAGGUCCCGUUCUUUGCUGUGCGGCGGUGUGGUGCGGAGAGGAAUUGCCGUGCGAUUGGAAAGUUGGCGACCCGUGUGGUUCUCGAGUAGGAACGAGCGAGGGGAAGUAUGGAGCGGAAGCACAUAGUUGCCGUGACGGUCGGAGCGGUAGGCGUGGGAUUGGCUCUGGCCGCGACUCCGGUGCUGUUGCGACGAAAUGACUCUCUCGCCCUGCAGCGAGAGUUGGUUGAGCUUGUGCAGUUGGGAAAGGACGGCAGUGUCACCGUUCAGGACUUGCCUUAUUAUCUCAAUGACCAGGCGUGUCAUGUGUUGACCAAUGCUGCAUAUGUUCACUUGAAGCAAGCUCAAUUCAGCAAAUUUACCAGUCAGUUGUCCGCGGCUAGCCAAGCCAUUCUGCUCUCGGGUCCCGAAGGGAGUGAGGCUUACCAUCAAAGAGUUGCGAAGGCGUUGGCUCACAACUUCGAGGCGAAGUUGUUACUUCUGGAUGUAACUGACCUUGUGUCCAAGAGUAAGGUCGGAGCGCUGACCAGAAAGCGCAACGCACGGCAGUUUGCACCCAAAGAUGUCGCGCGAAGUCUGUUCAGUUGGAUUGGUACGUCGAAGAAGUCAACACCUGAACGUACCACUUCUUCAAAUCAAGGGAGAUCUUGUGCUGACUGCGGAGCAACUGCGGACAAAGUACAGAAAAGUGAAGGAUUUUCUGGGAAAGUCGAUGUUGGUGCUGGAAAAAGUCGGCGAGCAGUUUACUUCGAGGAAGAAAUAUUUGUCGAUGCGCUUUUCAAGGUUCUUACAUCGCUUGCGGAAACAAGUCCCGUGGUCGUGUAUCUUCGAGAUGUCGAAAACUUUUUCUUCAAAGGACCAAAAAUGUACUCGCUUUUCUUGAGCAAAAUGGAGAAAAUGCAAGGACCAAUAAUGAUUCUGGGAUCGAAGAUCAAGCCUGCAGAGGGUCACGAAAAUAAGGAGACGAUCGAAAAGAAACUGAAAGUUCUUUUUCGAUACAGCAUCAGUGUGAAACCCCCAGAAGACAAUGUGCGAUUAGUCAGUUGGAAGAGUCAGGUUGAAGAAGAUAUGAAAGCUAUACAAGCGCAGGAUAAUCGCAAUCGCAUCAUAGAGGUCUUGUGCGCCAACAAUAUCGAGUGUGAUGAUAUUGCCUCAGUGGGGUUUAGUGACACUCAGAUUCUGAGCAAUUGUAUUGAGGAAGUGGUUACUGCUGCCUUCACUUAUCAUUUACAACACAAUGAAACUCCACAAUAUCGAGGCGGACAUUUACUGAUAUCUGCCAAAAGCCUCUCUCAUGGUUUGGCCGUUUUUCAAAUGUCGCGUAUGGAUUCGAACAAGUUACAAAGCGAGCUGAAAUCCGAGCCAAACAAGGAAGUGCAGGAAAUCUUAACGGGUAAAGGUGAUGGUAAAACUGAAAUACCAGUUGCUGAGUCGAAGACUGAUAGUAAUCGAACUGAGCCAAAGCCUGAGACAGCGAAGACCGAUGCAUCCAAAUCAGAAGCACCCAAACCAUUUGCUACUCCUGCUAAACCCGCCGAUGUUGCUCCCGAUAAUGAAUUUGAGAAGCGAAUCCGCCCUGAGGUGAUACCAGCAGGAGAAAUUGGCGUUAAUUUUAACGACAUUGGAGCAUUGGAAAACGUGAAAGAGUCAUUACAAGAACUUGUAAUGUUACCUCUACGUCGACCUGAAUUUUUCAAUCGAGGAGGUCUAAUCAAGAGAUGUAAAGGGAUCCUCUUGUUCGGACCACCUGGAACAGGAAAGACAAUGUUGGCAAAAGCUGUGGCCACAGAAGCUGGAGCUAGUUUCAUCAACGUAUCUAUGUCAGCUAUCACCUCCAAGUGGUUUGGCGAAGACGAGAAGAAUGUGAGAGCUCUGUUCACCUUGGCUGCGAAGGUGUCUCCUACGGUUAUAUUUAUUGAUGAGGUGGACAGUAUGCUUGGCCAGCGCUGCAGAGUUGGCGAGCACGAAGCUAUGCGUAAAAUCAAGAAUGAGUUUAUGGCACAUUGGGAUGGGCUUUUAACCAAAGGUGGAGAGCGUGUGCUGGUUUUGGCUGCUACGAAUAGACCUUUUGACCUUGAUGAGGCUAUCAUUCGUCGGUUUGAAAGAAGGAUUAUGGUUGGUCUGCCAGAUGUGGAGAAUAGGGAGAAAAUCUUGAGAGCAAUUCUUGCAAAAGAGAAUCUGCAUGCGGAUUUUGAUUUUAAGGAAGUGGCAGCUCUGACUGAAGGGUAUUCGGGAAGCGAUUUGAAGAAUUUGUGUGUGACUGCCGCCUAUCGACCAAUCCGUGAACAUCUGGCGAAAGAGCGAAAGGAGGAGAAGAGGAUAGCUGCUUUGAAAGAAGCAAAAAGGAUUAAGGAAGAGGAGGCCAAGAAAGCGGGUAAGGAGAUUGAAAUUGAAGAAGAAAUCGAGGAAGCAGCAACUGACAUUACUCUUCGGUCUCUCAACCUUGAUGAUAUCAGAGAAGCAAAGCAACAGGUAUCUGCGAGCUUUGCAUCAGAAGGGACUGGGAUGCAAGAGUUACAAGAGUGGAAUGAUUUGUACGGGGAAGGUGGAUCGCGAAAGAAGCAGCAACUUACCUACUUUUUGUAGAUCUAUGAUUUGAUCUUCGCGGUGAUGACCUGGGUAUAUUAUGAAAGUUGAAAGGUGGUUAUCUGAAGUGGAGUGCGGUGGUGAGAGACGUAGGUUUACUGAUAAGCUAGGUAAUUCGUUUGCUGGUUAGGUACAUUCUUUUGAUCCAGCCUUUCUGGAAUCCAUUGUAGGAGUCAGUUGUGAAUACGUAGGAUUUGUUAGAACAGAAAAGUCAAUUCAAUUGAGCAUUUGCAGCGAUCAUAUGCUCCGAAUUAACAUACUAGUAGUUGGAGAGUGGUUUAUUGCUGAGUCGGUUGGCUUACCACCUGCAAGUGACAGUGUGUAUACCUCUACCUGCUGGUGCGCUCAACUCCUUUCCCGAUACGUCGCUGAUAUUUGUAAAGACAUAGGAGUUGGCCAUGUUAGAUGGAAAUCAAGCAGCAGUUGUCGAUGGUGAUGUAUUCUAAAGUGGGAGUUGUUGGGGAUAGCGGAGAUACCUGAGCACCCACUAUGCUAGUGCCCUUUCGAACGUAUAGAUUUGUUUCCGAGGUGAAUUUGACGACGGUCAUACUUGUUCAGAGGGAUGUUAGAAAUUCACUCGCCGAUUUGUGGCACAAAUUAGUAGUCCUUCAACAUGGCACUUGAGCUGCUCUUUUGGCCUUCAGUUUAUAAAGUGGAAAAAUCUUUGAUUUGCUUACC